AUGCUGGUACAUGCUGAAGGUGAUUUCCUGGUGGUUGGGCCCCCAGGCCCUAUCAUGGCAGAGCUGGGCAAGGACGCCACACUGCCCUGCUCCCUGCACCCAGCCAUGAGUGCAGAGGACAUGGAGCUGAGGUGGUUCCGGUCCGAUACCUUGGAGUCUGUGUUCAUCUAUCAAGACCGGCAGGAGAAGAGUGAAGAGCUGACGUUCCAGUAUGCAGGGCGGACCUCACUGUUGGGAGAAUUACUCAGUGAGGGGGAGGCUGCUGUGAUCAUCCACAAGGUCCAGGCUUCUGACAAAGGGCUGUAUAUCUGCAGCUUCAGAGAUGGAGACUUCUAUGUGCAAACUGUAUUGGAGCUGCAGAGAGAGAGAAAGAGAGAGAGAGAGAAAGAGAGAGAGAGAGAGAGAGGGAGAGAGAGAGCAUGGAUGGGAACAAUUCUUAGGAGAGAGAGUGCCCUGUGA